GAUUUUUCUUGCCCCUGUCUUAGAACUGGAACUGCACAGAACUGUGUUCUUUUAUGGUCAGCUGAUUCCUUAUCAAAACAAAUAUGGCGUACGAAAUGUCCGUCUCCAUCUGAUAGCUGAAUUCGAAUGCUUUUGACGAUAAAAAAAACCUGUGUUGGAUCCAGAAUGAUUAAGUUGUUUUGAAAUUAUUAUCUGUUCCAAUUUCGAUUGAAACACUUUGUAUCGGAAAUGUUUUCUGGAUGGAAAAAGACAGGGGUUGCAGAAACUGAGGAUGAUCUAAUAAGAAAUGCAGAGAUCAAGAGAAGACUUAUAAGUGAACUCUCCCUAGCAGUGAAAGAGCUUCAGAGAAAACACAUUGGAGCUGACUUGGAUGUGGAAAGGAAUGAUGAGCAUGCUUUAAUGAUCAGUACUUUACUAGAAGCUGUCUAUCUUCAUGGAUUUCAAGAUCAUGGCAUUAAGCUAUCAAAUUUUUACAAUCUCCUUGGAAAAAUAUCAACAGAAGCCAUGCCAACCCAUUCAUUUUGGUCUUUGAUUGCAAAUUUCACUCACAAAGAUGUGUUAAAUGAGCUGGAACAUCUCUCUCAGAUCCACACUCCUGUGGGAAGAUGUCGGGCAUGGAUUCGUCUUGCUUUAAACGAUGGGUUAAUGGAAAGUUACCUUGAAGCCAUUCUGAUGGACAAAAAUAAAUUGCUAUAUUUCUACAAGGGUUCAUCUUUUAUGCUGGAUUCAGAACUCCCUUCAAUAAUGAAAACCUUUUUGCAAGGCCUGGGGGAAUUCAAAUUUGACUUCAAUUACAACACACCUGGAUUGAACUCGUGGUCUGGUGAUACCCUGGCUCUCUGCGGAAUUUGGCAAUUACCUAAAGUGGCUCCUCGGUCACUUCCACUUACCUACACAGGUGUGCCUGUUCAUGGAGGGUUAGCUGUUCCAGUCAGUAUUCCAGGAGAUCAGCUUGUAGUUCAAUAUGAAGCCUCUAGUAGUUCCUUUGGUUCUAGCACGGCUGAGGUAGCGGAACUUGCAGGUUGUAGCCUGGAAGAGAGUACUGAAAUAAAGCGAAGAACUCAAGCAUUGCAAACAGUGGCAGCUGUUGAGAGAAUGAUGACAGAGGAUGCAGAUGACGGAGGAAGUUUUCAUGAUUCUCCCUUCACGGAGAAGGAUGUAGAUGGACAAGCUGAAGGAAGUGAUCAAUAUCCAGCUGCAGUAGAUAUUCCAAGUGAAGAUGACCAUCGUCUCCAGCGAGACACCUGCAGUCCAACUCCUUUAGGAGGCAGCAACAAAUUGGGAAUGUCUAGUGGCUGGUCAUCGACAUUUGAAACCCAGGCUGCAUUACAUGUAGAUGCUGUUGAUGGCAAUAGCAAUGAUCAGAUGGACAGUGCUGCCGCACUGCCCAGUUUUCAGGAAAAGCCUAGUCCCAGAACCCCAACCAAGACACAGGCACCCAGUUUUGGGACUCUGUUAAGGGACUACAGUGUCCAGGGAAGGAAGAGAUUUGAGUCCCCUGUGUAUGUUGAUGGUGCAGCACCAACACAACCACAACAGGUGCAAAGUAGUCAGAUUCCUGUAACAAAGAAGAAACUGGAAAUGCAACCUUCUGAAACUUUCACAGCUUCUGGUUUUGAAGUUUUGUCAAAAAGUGGUUCAGUUCACUCAAACCAUGGUGAUGAUCGAUCAGCAGAGUUAAUGACAUUGGUGACAGAGAUAGCCACUGAGCAGGGGUUGGACAACCAAAACUAUCAAUGCAAAGGAUGUGGUAGGAACAUAGGAAUGAUCUAUGGACAAUUCAAAGUCUGUAACUAUGAUGCAUGCUACUAUUGUUUUGAAUGUCAUGAAAAUGAAGAACAUGUCAUACCUGCGAGGGUCUUUCACAACUGGGAUCUACGUAAACACCAAGUUGCUAAACAGUGCAAGUUGUUCCUGAUGCACAUAGAAGAGGAUCCUUUGUUUAAUAUUGAUGAAACCAAUCCCACGUUGUACAAUGUUAUCAAGGAGUUGCAUGAAAUUAAGGUAUUAAGGUCACAGCUAAAGCAUUUAAAAGGCUUCAUUUUUACUUGUAAAGAUCAAAUAGCAGAGGAUGUGAGGAGGAGAAUUUGGCCUCGGGAAUACCUUUGGGAUGAUAUCCAUCAGUAUUCCUUACUGGAUUUGAUUCAAGUACAAUCUGGGCAGCUGGCUCAUCAUCUCAAAAAGAUAAUUGCUCACUGUACAAAGCAUGUGUAUAAGUGUAAGCUCUGUUGUCAAAAAGGAUUUUUCUGUGAAAUAUGCAACAACCCAAAAAUCAUGUACCCAUUUGAAGUGAAAACUACAACUCAGUGUGGAAAAUGCAAGGCUCUUUACCACAAAGCUUGUAUUGCUGAGAGAAAAUGUCCCAAGUGUAUACGAAUAAGAAAGAAGCAAUCUGCAGGAACAAGAACUGCAGCUGUUUUGGAGUUUGAUUCACCUUGGUAGCAGCACACAACAAAGGACACAAGUUUUCAUUAAAGUGCAUAUGACAUGAAAUUUUACUCAUGUUUCUUGUGGUUGGAUAUCUAUAGAAAACGUUUCAAAGCUUUAAAAGUGCUGGGAAAAUGUAAAAAGCAUUUUUUUUUUUUUUUUUGCUUUCGAAAUACACGCAAUUUGCCUUCAAAUUUGUCCUGCAGACUGGGACCUAGUUUAUCACCGUCAAAGUUAUUUGCGUCGUCACAUUGUGUAUCUUUGCCGCGAAGGUCUAUUGUCACUAAGAGGACUCUGCAGUACUUCGUAGUAGAUAGAUAGUGCAUUGAAAGGCAAAUAUGUCCAGUGAUUCUAAUGAUUCCUUUGAGUCCGACUCUUCUGAAAGUUCCAUUGACUUCGAAGAAUCUGGGCACACAAUGUGACGUCACGUGUGAUUUUGGCCGCGCAAUGACCGGGAAAAAUUUGAGGGCAAAUUGCACGUAUUUUGAAAGCAAACAAAACGUUUUUUAGAUUUUUCCAGCACUUUUAA